AUGGUAAUCUGCAAUGUGAAACAUUUUAUAGGUCCUGGCCAAAUAAGAUUAGCUCACACAGACAUUGACUUUCCUGAUUUUUCGGCAUAUCGUCAUGAUAGAGAAAGUGGAGAAGAUUCUGGCUUAGAUAACAGAAAAGCUUUCAGUUACUUAAUGGUUGCAGCUGGAACAAUCCCUACAACAUAUUUUGCUAAGGCAAUGGUCCAGGAACUGGUAAUUAGUAUGAGUGCCUCUGCAGAUGUUUUGGCUGUUGGCAAAAUUGAAGUGAAAUUAGACAAAAUACCAGAGGGCAAAAAUGUAACAUUCAAAUGGAGAGGUCAGCCUCUGUUUGUUAGGCAUAGAACUGCAGAAGAGAUUGAGACUGAACAGGCAGUGGACCUUUCUAGCUUGAGACACCAGGAACACGACAAUGACAGAGUAAAAAAACCAGAAUGGCUUGUUGUCCUUGGUAUAUGCACCCAUUUAGGGUGUGUACCAAUUCCUAACAAGGGAGAAUAUGGGGGAUACUAUUGCCCAUGCCAUGGGUCACAUUAUGACUCAUCAGGUAGGAUACGAAAGGGUCCAGCCCCUCUUAACUUGGCUGUGCCUGAAUAUGCAUUUGCAGAUGACGACACAUUGGUAGUUGGUUGA